AUGGGAAAGUCCUUCAGCAUCUACAAUCCCUCGGAACCCUUGAUCUAUGGCUUCAAGUUGGCGAUUGUGGUGGUGACAAACCUCCUCGCCUUUGUGCAGAUCAUUCUCUCGGUCAUUCUUUCGAUAGUCAUUCCCAGAGAGGUUUUUCCAGCAUCUGUGGUAGGCAUCUUCAAUUUCAUCUAUGUCAUCAUCUCCUACAACUUCGAGCUCAAUCUUGAGUUUGAAAUCGACGACUUCUACCCCUUGGUGCUCUUCCUUCCCAACCUUCUUUCGCUCGCCAUCAAUGGUCUGAACUUUAUCUUUGCUGUGAUCUACUUUGUUAGCAACAAAGAGGGCUUCUUGGACCCAGAGCAGUUGGCCUACUUCACCAUGUACGCCAUGACCACCGAGAACAUCCACUUUGCUGUCAUUGCCUCCUCCAGUCUCUCAGCGUCUAUUAUUAUGGGAAACUUCCUCCUCAUUGCGAUGGACUUGGUCAUCACGAAGCUGAUCUUCUCUACAGGGAAUCCCUCCAUCUUCUUCACUAAGUGCCUCGUCAAACGACGCAAAUGCCAUGUCAAGGUCAACAGCUGCUACACCUAUGGCUGCUACAAAAACAGUACCACUGAGCAGUCAGACAACCCCAAAAUCAUCAACCCAAGGAAGCUGGCACUCUCCAAGUGUGGUAAGUUCCAAAACAGCAUCGUCAUCAGCGAGUACGCCAGCGAGUACGCCAACUUCUUCACCUGCUCCAACAGCUUUCCUCCCAAGUACUCUCCCUUCAAGGGCGAGUAG